CAAAGCUUACAACAAGCAUUUUCGUGUGUGUAGUUAUUGUCGUCGGUUUGAAAAACAUUUUUUUUAAUAUCAUGUCAGAUCUUUCUUUUCUUGGUUUACCGGUUUCUGGUAGCCAAGAUUCUAAUCAAGAUAAUCAUCAUCAAAACGAUUUAAAUCAUACGACUAGUUAUCUAAUCAAUUUCAAUGCAAAUUCAAGCUCAAUAUCAAACCCCAUCGAUUCGAAUAUAACCGAAUAUCUGCCAGCGAAAAAUCUAAUGGAUUUUUCUUUUAAAUUGGUCAACAUGUCUACCGAUUCUAAGGAUGAGUCUAACGAUCAAGAUAAUGAAAAAAAUCAAGUUGUCGGUGAGUUGAUUGAUAAUUUGAUUGAACAUGUAGAAUCGAAUGAAUCGAUCAAUUAUGCUGACGAAUGCAAUGAAAUAGAUAACGAACAUCUUGAUUCAAAAAAAGGUGAACAUGAAAAUUCAUCAGAAUCAAUCGAUACUAGGAUUGAAAUGAAUCAAGAAUUAAAUGAUAAUCCUGGAACCCAGAAUCAAUCUUCAUUUGAUGAUUUUUUCAAUAAAUUUAUGGAUCCAGAACACGAUAUUUCAUUAUUUUCUGGACCAUUAGAUGGUAUGAAUGAAUCCCAAUCCGAACAAUCAUUUCCACAGCAGCCAUAUAAAUAUAUUUCUGUCGAAUUGGACGAUGUGGAAACUACAUUUACGAUUCCAUUUACGUUCUCAUUGGACAAAAUCAUAUCAACAAGUAGAAUGAAUUUCCAAAAUAGUGACGAAACUUUACCAAUGAUGAAUGAUGUUAACAAAACACCCAAAAAACAGCUUUUGAAUGAAUCCUGCAAAAAUGAUGAAAAGUCAGUCGACUUAAAAAAUGAUACGGAAAUUGGCAAACCAGAUGACGACGAAAUGACUCACGAAUUUGACAAUCAGAAUAACGACGAAAAUACUAGUGCAAUUAAUGAUUUUUCAAACACCUCAUUUGAGAUGAACAAAGGAAAUGGCAUAUUAAGUGAAUCCGUUUAUCGUUAUAUGACGUCAUUGAUGCGUACUCCACCACCCGAUAUCGUUAUAAUCUCAAAAGAUGAAAUGGGGCAGAUUCAGAGUAGCAUCGAAGAAAAUGCAGCUUCAUCCGAAGUCGGUACCGAUAGCUUUGUGGAUGCACAAGAAGAAUUACUUGACCAAACAUUGACCGAUCAUUGUGAGGAUGAGGAUCAUGAUGAAAAAGAUUUCGAAUUAGUUUCAACACCAACAUCCAAAUCGCCUGACCAUACCAUAUCUAAUAAUCGACUAUCAUUGAAUAUUGACCAACUUAAUGUAUCACCUUGUUGUACAUUAUCCAACAAUGGUACAGUUACAAAAUCACCUAGCCUAUUGGCUCAAAUUUCCGCUGAUGAUCAAGAAUGUUCGUUUUCCUACGAAGAUCGUUUAGAAUUGUUGGAGACCAAAAUUACAUACGAAAAAAAAAUUGUUGAAUUAUAUGAAAGACUUGAUCAACAAAAAGAAGCUAUUUCAGAACAGGUGUCAAAAGUUCACAUUGAACAAAUCGAUCACAUUCGAAAGGAAUACGACGUUCAAUGCCAAAAAUCUCGUGAUGAAGUUGAUAAUUUGCGCGCUCAACAACAAAUUUUGCACGACAAAUUAGAACUACAAAAAACUCGAUAUAAAACAGUCGUUGGUGAAUUGGAAGAAACAAUGGAACAAUUGCGAAUGGACAAUUCUAGUAUGAAGAAUCAGUACGAAACUACCGCUUUCAUUCAAAUCAACGAUUUAAAACAACGUCAUGAACAAUUGUCAAUUCAAUUAUAUGAAUCACAAAAUGAAAAUCAAAUACUUAAUAAUGCUAUGCUUGAAAUGGAUAAAGAUCGUCAUGAUCUAAGAGAAACUAUUCAAUCUUUAAAUUCAAAUAUCAUUGAAUUGAAUCAUCGUCUUGUGGAAUCGGUUCAUGACCGGGAAAUCUUGACUGUUCGUCUGAAUGAAACAUUAGCACAAAAAUCUACUUUUGAAAAUGAAUUUCAGUCAAAACUAACAGAAGCCAAACAAAAAAUCAAUUCUCUGGAAUUAAUUGCCAAUGAAUCAGAAUCGAAAAUGGAAAGUCUGGUUUCCGAUCAUCUCGAAGAAUUGAAUAAAUUAAAGCUGGAAAAUGAUGAAACUAUUACCAAACUUCAAAAUGAAAUUAACAAUUUGAAUUCUACACUUGAAUCAAAUCUUUUCAAUUUAAAGAAUCUUAAUGACGAAUUUGUUCAAAAAAAUAAUGAGCUUGAAAAGAAUCUUCAAGAAAUGAGCAAACAAAACAAAAAAAUUCUCGAAAUCGAAACAAGUUUAAAACUAAUUCAAUGUGAAAAUGAAAAAUUAAAAUUGAAUGAUCAAAAAAUUGUACAAUUUGAAACAAAAAUCCAUGAUCUGGAGACUAAAUUGUCCAAAUUGAAAAAUGAAAAUGACUCUUUGAAACAAGAUGUUCAAGUGAGUUUGACCAGAGAACAAAACCAUAAAGUAAAAUUGGCCAAUUCGAAAUCAGAAAUAUCAAAACUUAUGGCUGUAAAUCAAGAACUUUUGGAUGCUAAAAUCGAAUUAGAAGAAGCGCGAUCCAAUAUAGAAAGUCGUCUUUUUGAUUGUGAAGAACGGAAUAUUUUGUUGGAAACAAAAUUAGAACAAGUCGAACAAUCUGAAGUAAUCCAUCGUGAUCUACAAAAGUUGUAUGAUGAUUUUCAAGCUAAACACGCGCAAUGUGAUCAAAUCGGUGAUGAGAAUCAACGAUUGCAUAACGAAAUGGAACAGUUGCGAAAGCAAAAUAAAGAAUUGUUUGAAAAAUUUGAACAAUCGCGACAUGAAUGGACAGAAUCGCGAACAAAAUUAUUGGACAACAACGAUCGCCUGCUACAAUCAAAUGACACAAUGGCUGGUAAAAUCGUUGAAUUGAAUGAUAUGGUUCAAAAUUUAACGAAAAAGAAUGCUUCUUUGGAUUCUGAAUUGAAAUCUGGUCAUGAACAAUUGAAAAGAAAAUUCGAUGAGACAUGUCAGCGUUUAGUGGAAACAGAACGAGCCAAAUUUGAAUUAGAAACAAAAAUAUCAACAAUUAUGGCGAAACAUGAGAAAAUGGCCGAUGAGUUUAAAAAAGCGGAAAAACAAUUCUCGGAAGAAAGAUCCCUUUUAGAACAAAAGCUUUUAGUAUUGCAAAAACAUUUACGAGUGGAUAAAGACGAGAAAGAAUCUUUGGAUAAAGAGCUUUUAUCGUCGGAAAAAAAUCUGCAAACAGCACAAUUGAAUCUGGAACAAAUGCAAGUCAAACUUGCCGAAUGUAAUGAUGAAUUUGUUCGUUGUCAAAACGAACUUGGCCAACAACGUGAACAUGUCCUACGUCAACAAGAACAAAUUAAUGUUUUGAAUGAAGAAUGUAAAACAUUGAAAAAAUCAAAUUUUGAAACGGAACGAUCUCUCGAUCAAGCUUGUGAGCAGUUGGGCGUGACGUUGAAAGAGUUUAAACAAGUCUCACAUAAAUAUAAGAUUUCUAAAUGUUUGAUUCCGGCUCUACAGAGUAAAAUUGAUCAUCACAAAGAAGGUGGAGAAAAAUUAAUUAGUGACAUUACCAGUAUGAUGGCCAAAAUUGAUUCAAACAAAAAAGAUUCGAUCAAAAACGAAAAAGUCAAGGCGAUUUUGAAAAAUAUUACUGAUAGGCUUUCUUAUCUGACAAAAGAAAAAAUAUUGGUGAUCGAUUCCGAACAAACUCCUGUUAUUAAUGCUGAUGAAGCUCGAGUUGCUGAAGUCAAACAUCAAAUGCCACCACCGUCGUCAUCACUUUCAUCAUCACAAUCAACAUCGAAAUCUGCACGGGCCUUCAAACCGAUUGAAUUGACAUCAGCAGACGAUCAACAAAUAUCUGAUGGUGUUCGUCGUACAAUGGUUCCUAAAUCAUUGAAUGUGACAAACAAAGAAAAUAUUCUUUAAACAUACAUACGUAUUUUUUAAAAUUUGAA